AUGUCGGGUCGUGGUGCGUACUAUAAGGCGCUGUACGGAGGUGGGCGGAGCAAGCGGCGGCAGAAUGGCGACUCUUUUGGAGGAGGUCACCCUGCGUUUACAGAGGAAGCAGACAUUUUCCCAUCUGGCGGGCCUCCCAGUCGACCUCGAGCAGGAGUCUCUAGUCUGCGCUCCGAACUUCAGCGUCUUGAAGGCAGGCCGUAUCCUGCAUACAAGGACUUGAUUGGCGAAUGGCAAAUGGAGGAGUUCCAAAUUUUCAUUGACAAGGUGCAGUCUGACCCCUUCGCUCCGCCGAGCAGAUUUCGGCUGCGACUGCCCCAACACCAUGCGCAGUUCCCCAAGCACAUGUUCGAGACCGAGAUCAGGAACAUCGCGCUGUGCGACUUCCUUACAAGAGCGUUUCACCACGCCAUUCAGAGGUCAGGCAUCGACCAGGCGGCCGAAGGAGGAGGCUGGCAUGGCAGCAAGGGUGGAGACAUUCGGAUUGACCAACCUAGCCAGCAUGUUCUGCGCCGGACCUCGAUGAUUGUAACAACGGACGCCGUAGAGGCCCGGUGUCAUGUUUCGCUACCGGCUCGAGGUCGGUCAAUUGAAGGGCGCCGGGCAGCACAGCUUUUGUGUGAGCGUCUUCCAGCCGUUGCUCGAGCUGCCAUGUACUUCUCCAGACAGAAGCUGACGGACCUCGAAGCUCACAUACAAAGUGUUGAAGAUCAAGAAUAUCUACGAGGAUCGCUGGCCAAGCAUGGCCUGGUUGCCUUCGUAAUCAAUGGAGCAUGCCUACCUCGUCGGUCUGGUGUCGACGACCGCCCUCUUACCUCUCAGCAGGACGAUCACCUCGUCUUGUUUCAGUCACCGCCGUCCUUAGAAGUGCGGAUAGGUCUCCCCAACCGUGGUGAAGUUAAGGGAAUGGGCAUACCAGCAGGCAUCACGCUAAUUGUUGGAGGUGGUUUCCAUGGAAAAUCAACCCUCCUGGAAGCCUUACAGUGGGGCGUGUACAACAAGAUUCCUGGAGACGGACGUGAGUUCGUUGUCACUGAUCCAGGCGCCGUCAAGAUACGCGCAGAAGACGGGCGCGCAGUCACGUCAGUAGACAUAAGUCCAUUCAUCAACAAUCUUCCUUUCGGCAAAUCUACGGGCAACUUUUCGUCGGCUGACGCUUCCGGCAGCACCUCUCAGGCCGCCAACAUAAUGGAAGCUUUGGAGCUAGGGGCCACGACGCUACUUGUGGACGAAGAUACGUGUGCCACAAACUUCAUGAUUCGAGACACACGGAUGCAAGCGCUCGUCUCCAAGGAGAAGGAACCAAUUACGCCUUUUAUUUUCAAAAUUCGACCAUUGGUCAAUCAGUAUAGAAUUUCGACAAUAAUGGUUGUUGGCGGAAGUGGUGAUUUCUUCGAAGUGGCCGACCACGUUAUCAUGAUGGACAACUAUCAAGCGUACUGCGUCACGGAAAAGGCAAAGGAAAUAGCGGCGAGUCAUACGACGGCAGUGGAAACACAAACGGCUCCAAACACGACGAAAACCCCUGGAGACACAAUUUCGGAUCGCUUUGGCGUUUUUCGACAUCGGGUUCUCGAACCAGGGUGUUUGAAUCAGAAGGGGAAAGUCAAGGCUACGGCGCGACGUGCUAUAAGUUAUGGUAGCACAGAUAUUGACCUAACCUGCAUCGAACAACUGGCGGAAGCUUCACAAACCCGGGCAAUAGCCCGGUGCCUUCAGCGCCUUGGAGAGAAAGUGGAUGACAAUAUCGUGAACGGCGAGAGGACGCUAAAAGAAAUACUGGAAUCAAUGUCUAACAUCAUGUCCAGCAUCAAACAACCGGGAAUUGGUUUGAACGGUCUUGACGCAUUGGCGGAUCCUUGGUCACCAUUGGGAGACCUUUCUCUUCCUCGUCAACUCGAGAUUGGCUUUUCAAUAAACCGGCUAAGAACGUUGCGAAUCAGGAAGAUGAAAAUCAAUCCGAGUUCGUGAUCGCCAUCCCUCGCCCCU